AUGAACCCCUACAACAAGGAUCGACCUCCACCGGAUUACCCUCCUUAUCAGUCUAGAAGACAGUCGGAGAGUGGUGGUGACAUGAUGAUGGGGGGUCAUUACUCUGCAGGAGGGAUGCACCACCCUGCUCAGACGCAAGAUGAUGUGGAUCCCGAUCUACAGAACCGGUUGCAGAACCUUCAAAUCGAUUCACCUCAACCACCUUAUCAUCCUUAUCAGCCUCCUCCAGAGGAGCAACCGUAUCAACCCUUCAAUCAGAACUUCUACCCUCCUCCACAACCUUUCCAGUAUCCCGCAUACUCGUACUCGCCAUAUCCAGAUGGUCAUGCCCCUUCACCCAUCAAUCCAGCACAGCCGUUUGGGAUCUGGACUAGCCCACCGAUCAGCCCUGCUGUGUCAUCCACCCCGUUCCGUCCACCACCACCUGGACCACCUCCUCCUCACUCAAGACACGGCUCUGCUGGAGAUUACGGGGGGUUCUAUCGCGCUUCAUAUAGCGGACCACCUUCUGCUUGGACUAGUCCUUCGAUGCCUUCCACUUUUGGCUUUUACACGCCAUACCAACAACAACAGCCUACGAUGGAGGCAAUCCGUCCUCCCCUGACCAACGAGUGGUCUCAGUCACCCCCACUCCGUAGAAAUUCUCGUCAAUCAUGGAGUGGUCCUUCUCGAAACCCUAAAGAGACCACUUUGCAAGAGAAGGAGAGAGAAAGAAAGGCCUAUCAUCCUCAAGCACCGGCUAGAAGGUCUGAUUGGGUGAUGUGGGUCGGCAAUGUUCCCUCCAACACGUCUCAUGAGGAAUUAUGGCGAUACUUCAACAAUACGAUACCCGCUGUCAACGACUCAGAAGCUGACUCUGAGCCAUGGCGAGGACCCUCUUCCAUUUUUCUCAUAUCACGCUCGUCCUGCGCUUUCGUCAAUCUAUCCUCGCAAGCAGACCUCGAUAGGGCUGUAGCUUUCUUCAAUGGAAAAUCAUUACGACCAUGGGAUAAUAGAUGUCCCAGGAUGCUAUGCCGGGUUAGAAGAAAAGACGAUGAUCUAAGGUCUGGUGUGGGAGCUCAACGAGGUACAGGAAUGCAUCGAGGUUGGGUCAAGGAUCAAGAGCCCAAAUUGCCCCGACAAACGAGUAAUGCCUCUGUUAGUUCCGCCAACUCUGUUCCACCCAGUCCAGCUGCAUUGGAACACCCUCCUGAAGGUGAAGGUCGUCGUCGAGAAAGUAUAAUCAAGGAAGGAAAUCCUCUGAGCAAGCAUCAAUCCAGUGGUAGUUUCGCUAGUACCAAUUCAAGCUUCCUCGCACGACAUUUCCCAAGACGUGUGUUCAUCUUGAAGAGUUUGACAACUGCUGAGCUAGAGGAAUCCGUCCAAACUGGUACCUGGAAAACUCAACGUCACAAUGAGCCUAUACUAGACCAAGCAUUUCGAACGUCUCAAGAAGUCUUUCUCAUCUUUGGUGCGAAUCGUUCUGGCGAGUUCUUCGGUUAUGCCAAGAUGAUCGAACCAAUCGAUAAAGAAAGAGCGAAGAAACAAUCAACCGGUGUCUCCAUCGCUCGUAAAUCAACAACAAAUAUUGACGGAGGGGAAUCACGGCCUCCCUUUUUCCUCACUCCCUCACAGAGUCAUCUCGCGAGCUCAUCUCCCGGAGAGAUCACCCCAAAUGAAGAAGCAAAAUUGGAACAUGCCGUGGGAUGGCGACGGACCGACCCGUCUGACAUACGUAACAAGCCUCAUCACGAUAAUAAAUCGAUUCAAUCAGCACCGGAAUUCAGAGCUCAAACGCUGGAUCCCAAAGCGCUCCAACAUGAUUAUUUCCCUCCUGUACCAAUCAACGAUGAAGGAGAAGCUGAUCAUCAAGAAUAUCUCGGUGGUUCUGAACGUCAACCUACUCUUGAUGAUCAAGGUGUUCUCAGGAAGGAUACCGUGUUGACUCCCGAUGAGAAAGCUGAGAGAGAGGAGGAAGAAGCUCAUGAUGAGUUUGUGGAGGAAAGUCGAGGUCAUGUCUUCCGAAUUGAAUGGGUCAAAGUUGGAUCUAUCCCAUUCAACAAGACUCGUCAUCUGCGAAAUCCAUGGAAUUCAGAUCGUGAAGUCAAGGUUUCGAGAGAUGGUACAGAGGUCGAGCCUGCGGUUGGAUCUGCUCUCAUGGCCGAAUGGGAGAAAUUGGAAUCUUAA